AUUAUGCCACAACGUCACCCAGUCAUCAUCAUCACUGGAACUCCAGGUACUGGAAAGUCAACCCAUGCUCAACUCCUACAAGACGCUUCUCCAGUCCCUCUAAAACACAUCAACGUCGGUCAACUAGUAAAAGACAAUUCUUUUCAUCACGGCUUUGAUCAACAAUGGCAAUCUUAUACUGUAGAUGAAGACAAGCUCUUAGAUGAACUCGAACCAUUGGCAUCAGCUGGUGGAAUAAUCCUCGACUGGCACACUUGUGAAAUAUUCCCUGAGCGAUGGGCAGAUCUAGUCGUCGUUCUACGCUGCAAUCAUACCAUGCUCUGGGAUCGUCUCGAAAAACGUAAUUAUCCUCUCAAAAAGAUACAGGAAAACAACGAAGCGGAGAUAAUGGAAGUCGUGCUCCAAGAAGCCCGAGACUCCUACCCCCAACAGAUUAUCGUCGAUCUCAAAAGCGAAUCUUCUCAAGACCUCGAAAAUAACGUCGCGAGCAUCGUUGAAUGGAUAAAUCAGUGGUUGAAAGAUAACGGUCACGAAGACGAAGACAACACUCUUUGAGGUAGCAGUCGAUACAUCGGUACCGCACGCCCUUUAUAAAUAAGAUAUACGUUAUAGAGACUAACCUUGCGUAGCCUUUAUUGAAAGUCUAUCUGACACAAUAAAUAAAUCAAGGGCCUUACACAUUAA